AUGGCUUCAGGGACUUCUGAACAGGGACUCCAAGAGGAAACCAAAUGUCCCAUCUGCAAAGACUGUUUCAUGGAGCCGGUGAGCGUAGACUGUGGGCACAACUUCUGCCGGGACUGCAUCACUCAGCACUGUGACACAUGGACAGAGGGGGACUAUGACCCUUUGUGCUGUCCCAUGUGCAGAGCUCGGAUCCAGAAGGAGAAUCUCCGGCCCAACUGGGACCUGGCAAGAUUAACAGAAAUACUUAAAGAAUGGAAUCUGUGCAAGAAACACCAGGAGAAACUCAACCUGUUCUGCGAAGAGGAUGGGGAAACUGUGUGUGUGGUUUGCGAGAGAUCCCCCGAGCACGGAUCUCACACGGUCCUGCUCAUGGAGGAGGCUGCCCAGAAAUAUCAGGAUCAAUGCCAAACCCAUUUGCUGAUGCUGAAAGAAGAGAAAGAAAAGCUCACAAAAUGUAGACAGUCUGAAGAGAGGAAAUUACAGGAAUUCCUGGAAAAGACGGAAGCUGAGAGGCAGAAGAUUGUGUCUGAAUUUGAGCAACUGCGCCAGUUUCUGAAGGAACAAGAGCGACCCCUGCUGGCAUUACUGGAAGAGCUGAAGAAGGAGAUUGUGAAGAUUCAGGACGAAAAGGUCACCAAACUCUCUGAGGAGAUUUCCCAUCUCAGUGAGCUGAUCAGUGAGAUGGAUAAGAAGUGUCAGCAGCCAGUGAGGGAAUUCCUGCAGGGCAUCAGACGCACCUUGAACAGAUGUGAAAAAAGGAAGUUCCUUCAGCCAGAGCAGAUUUCUCCUAAGCUGGAAAUCAAACUUGAUUUUUGGUGUCAGCAAAAUAUUGCCCUGAAGGCUACUCUGAGGAAAUUCAAAGACAUGCUGUCAUCUGAACUGAAGAGAGAAUGGGAAUUGUCUCCGCCACAGGUGAAUGUGACUCUGGAUCCAGACACGGCUCAUCCCAGGCUCAUCGUGUCUGCAGAUCGGAAAUGCGUGAGAUGGGGAAACACACAGCAGGAUCUCCCUGACAAUCCCAAGAGAUUUGAUUUUAUUCUCUGUGUGCUGGGCUGUGAGGGAUUCACCUCGGGGAGACAUUCCUGGGAGAUGGACGUGGGAGAUGGGGGACGGUGGGCCGUGGGGGUGGCCAGAGAGUCUGUGAGGAGGAAGGGAGAGAUCAUCCUGAACCCUGAGGGGGGGAUCUGGGCUGUGCGACAGUGGGAGGGCCAGUUCCGAGCUCUCACCUCCCCAACAACCUUCCUGUCCCUGAGCUGCAGCCCCAGGAAGAUCCGUGUUUCUCUGGACUAUGAACAGGGGCAGGUGACAUUUUUUGACACUGAUAACGAGGUUCUGAUCUACACUUUCCUGCUGGUUUCUUUCACUGGGGAGAGAAUCCACCCUUGGUUCCGAGUGGGGACGGGAUCUCAGCUCAGACUGUGUCCCUGAGACAAGAGGGGAAUGUCCCACUGGGGAGCCUGCAAUUUUCCCUUGUAGCCUCUGACGUCCUCAUCUCUAUGGCCCUGGCCGAGUCCCAGUUUCCCGCAGACCUUCUAGUGCAUACUCUGGAGUGUCCAAACCACAACAGAGCUACCAGAGAGGGACAGAGAUACAGAAGCCAAUCUCAUUGCCACAAGGAUUUGACACCUGUUUGUCACGAUUCUCAGUGAUCCAGAAGGACUCUAGCUGCCUGUAGGGUCGGAGACUGAUAGGUGGGAGCCGUAGUUAAUUAAAGUGAAGGGCAGUGAAAAGGAGAGAGACACAAAGCAACAUACAUGACAGUGGGAUUGGUGAAUGCUAAUGAAAGCGAUGCUGUCACUCAUGGCAUAGUUCAUCCAUUCAAUGCACUAUUGGGGCAUGAAAAGUAGGGCCAUUUCUGUGCCUUUAAAAGGGCUUUAUACAAAUUUUGCAACUUUUCUCUCUUUUAAUUAUUCAGUGAUCUCUGCCAGGGAAAAAUUGUGCCAGGUAAAGGGCUGGUGCAAGGCACUUGCCUCACAGAGCAGAGGGAGCAAGGUCUGCGUUGCAAGAGGGCAGACUUUGGGAAAUUAAGGGAAUUAGUUAAAGAAGUCGCUGGACUGAUGUUCGCAAGGACUGAAAUGCAAAAGCAGCUUGUAAUUUCUUUGGCCCAACUGUACAAAAGCUAGCUGAAAUGUACAUCUCAAACAAGGGGGGGAAAUUUGUAGGGAAAGGCUCCAGAGCUGGCUAGCUGGAUAACCAUCAAUAUGGAAAGGGAAAAUGAUAAGCAAAGAAAGCUACAUCAAGGAGGAUAGAAAAAUGUUCAAAUAAAGUAAGAAUUGCUGAGAGUGACGCGGAAUUAGCUCUUGCCAAAUGAAAUAAAACAAAU